UGAACUUGAACUCUUGCUGGUUGUGUGUUCAGAGUAUUUACACCAGUGUGAGGACGGUGGGUGUUGGUGUGAAGAUGAUUUUAGCCACUACGUUAACAAGAAACAGGAACUAAUAUGUUCAUAUAGAGAGGGGAAGCAGAGAGAAGCAUCAUUUCAUCCAGCAGAGACAGAAUGACACCACGACUGCAGCUCUUCAUCACUUUACUGCUUCACUUUGAAGCAGGAAUCAGUGAACGAUGGAUCGAUCUCUAUCACAGAGCUGGAGAUGACGUCGUUUUACCGUGUAUCUAUGGUUCUUCACAUAACCAAUGUUCUGAUGUUCACUGGCUUUACAACAACAUUCCAAAUGCAAACCCACUAAAUGAGAUUAAUAAUGGAAAUAUUGUGAAGACGUCACCUGGAGCUGACAGGAUCAAUUUGAGCAGUAACUGCUCUCUGAUCAUCAACAACAUCACUGCUGAAGAUGCUGGUCGUUACGACUGUAGGAAUAGAUACGUGUAUAGUACUUUUUUGCACACAUAUGUGUUUCUGAGUGUUUUAACAGUCUCUCCAUCUCCACCAGAUGUGGAUCCAGGAAGGGAUGGAGAUGUGACAUUACACUGUUCUCUGAUGGGACACAGUCAUUUGGGUCCCUGUGAGCAGAACAGCAUCAUCUGGGUGAAUGAGACAGGAACUGUGCUGCUUGGUGAAGGUGAUGGGUUUGUGUCUGGAGGACACAACAACUGUGUUUCUGAUCUGAUGGUGAAACAUCAGGGAGGCUCCAAGAGAAGAUUCACCUGCCAGGUUGUUGAAGGAGACAGAGUGAAGAUAGAUGCUGAAUACACGCUGGACUUUACAGAUUCCAGUCUGAUCAAUACCAGAUUGAUUAUUGGAUGGGUGGUCAGGGGGCUGAUGGUGGUUCUGGUCAACAUCGCUACGUUUCUCAUCAUUUACAGGAUGAAAGUUAAAAGGAACAAUCCCAAAAAUCCAACAGAUGUUCAGUUACCAAUGCAGCAGUAUGUGAACAGGGAUGAUGAUGAUGAUGAUGAGGUGAACUAUGAAAACGAUGAAGACCUGCCUGCUUCUGUCCGAUCCACAGAUUAAUAAAUCAGCUGUGUGUGAUGGAAACAUUAGCCUUAGCCUGGGUACAGUGCAGCAGACGGAUGUUUUGUCUUUGAAAGCUCAGCUCUGGGGUCACCGGGGCCUGUUUAUGAGAAUCCUAGUGUUUAAUCUUCAUCAUUUUGUGAUCUUUUCCUCGGUGUCACUCCUGGAUCGAGGAGUCUGAUGGAUGUUUGACCCACUUGCUAACGAUGUAUUAAAUCUCCUAAACUUUCCCCAUCUGCCCCUUUGUUUAAAAAAUUAAAUGUAUUAUCCAUCUAUGAUAUUAACAUACUCCAAUCAUGUGCUUUCAUUUACAAAUGCACUUAUCUUGCAAAUAUGCUUCCAAGUACUUUCAAAGAUUUUUUUAAGACCAAUUCACAAAUUCAUAACUAUAAUACUAGACAAUUUGAGGAUCUCCAUUCUUCAUUCAGUCGUACCAAUAGCAGUCAGUUCUCCAUCAAAGACAGAGGUUCCUCACUCUGGAAUUCUCAUAUACUUAUUGCUAAAUCUUCACUGUCUAUUAGUAGUUUUAAACAGAGAUUGAAGACCAGCCUUAUGGAUCAAGCGUAUAGAAGUGCUUCCACUUAAAGUGGACUCACUUCUGCACGUGCACAUACACACGCACACACACACACACACACACACACACACACACACACACACACACAUACAAACACACAUGUGCAUGCUCACAUACAUCCAACCGAGAAAUUGCUUGUAAAUAUCCAUCUUAUUGGAACGCUGUUUUUGUACUUGCUGGUAUUAUAAUGUAAUGUAUUAUCUUGGUGAGAACUUUGAAUAAGCCCAUUUAGGGCUUCCUUUCUCACCUGCACAUAUUUUCAUGCUUUUAUAUUCAUUUUUACUUUUGUACCGUUUUCAUGUUGUGCAAAUAAACAAAUCAAAUCAAAUCAAA